UAAACAUGGCGGUUCCUUCGCGCAAGGACACCCUCGUUCUCUUCGACAUCGACGGGACUCUCACGGCACCCCGCAAGGAGGCCACCAGUGAGAUGAUCAAGUUCCUGCAAGAUUUGCGCAAGCGAGUCACUAUUGGUGUCGUUGGAGGAUCGGAUCUGGCCAAGGCCAAAGAGCAGCUGGGAGACGAUUACCUUGAAAUCGUUGACUGGGCCUUUCCUGAGAACGGGCUGAACGCCUUCAAAGAUGGAAAAUCCAUCGAAGUGCAGAGCUUGAAGAAGUAUCUCGGCGAAGACAACAUCAAGCGCCUGGUCAACUGGAUCCUCCGCUACCUUGCCGACGUCGACAUCCCCGUGAAGAGAGGGACUUUCAUUGAGUUCCGCAACGGUAUGAUCAACGUGUCUCCAAUCGGAAGGAACUGCAACCAGGAAGAGCGAGACGCCUUCGAACAAUAUGAUCACGUGCACAACAUCAGGAAGAAGAUGGUUGCAAAGCUCGAGACUGAGUUUGCCGACCUCAACCUCAAGUUCUCCAUUGGAGGGCAGAUCAGCUUCGAUGUCUUUCCCCAGGGGUGGGACAAGACCUACUGCUUGAGGUUCGUGGAGACGGAAGGGUACAAGGAGAUCCACUUCUUCGGGGACAAGACGUCACCUGGAGGGAACGACUACGAGAUCUUUGAGGACUCGCGCACCAUCGGGCAUACUGUUACCUCGCCAGAAGAGACCAUGCGACUAUGCCGGGAACUCUUCUUCAAGGAUUGAGAAGCCUGAGGCGGAAGGGGGGCUUCAAGACGGCCGUGUGGAGAAAGGACGUGGUAGGAGAGGAGUAAGGGACAAACGAGAGGGUGCGGCGGGGCGAGGCAAGGGAGAGAGGACAUUAUUAUUGCAGUGAAGAUGAAUAACAAG